AUGCGAUUUAGACAUGUGAUUUCGGUCAUUGCCCUCUUCGGAGUCAGCCAGGCAGAGAACUCAACCUUUCAGAACCCCAUCAUCAGCGGCUUCAACCCAGAUCCCAGCUGUAUCUUCGUCCCCGAGCUGAACAACACUUUCUUCUGCGCGACAUCGAGCUUCCUCGCCUUCCCCGGCCUCCCUAUCCACGCCAGUCGAGACUUGGUACACUGGAAACACGUCUCUAACGCCUUCAGCCGCGCAGACCAACUCCCAGGACUGGCCUUCUUGCCAAAGGCAACUAGCGGCAUCUACGCACCGACGCUACGCUUCCAUGAGGGCGUGUUCUAUCUUCUCUGCACGCUCGUCAACCAACAACUCCCCAGAACCAACGACAGUCGAUGGGAUAACUUCGUUCUCGCCUCGACGGACCCUUACAGUUCGGACGCUUGGUCUGAUCCGGUGCACUUCAGCUUCCCUGGCUUCGACCCGUCACCUUUCUGGGAUGAUGACGGGAAGACCUACGUGUCCGGUGCGCACACAGCUGCCUACUACCCUGGCAUCAUGCAUGCGCCACUCGACCUGGAGACCGGUGAGACCGGAGACAUCAUCAUGCCCUGGAAUGGCACCGGCGGACGAUCCCCGGAGGCUCCUCACAUCUGGAAGCGAGACGGAUAUUAUUACCUCCUCCUUGCCGAAGGUGGCACUCGCGAGAACCACAUGGUUACAAUGGCUCGAUCCCGAAGCAUUGAAGGACCCUAUGAUCCUGCGCCGGCAAACCCACUCCUGACUUCGGCGAACAACACGAGUUCCUACUUCCAAGCCGUUGGACACGCCGACCUCUUCGAAGAUGCCGCAGGUCAGUGGUGGGCUGUCGCACUAGCAGUCCGUGCCGGUGGCUCCUAUGGCGAAGACCCUGGCGCAUACUUUGGCAACUUGCCAAUGGGUCGAGAAACCGUGCUUACUCCUGUAACGUGGGAAGAGGGCGAGUUUCCAGUGUUCACGCCCGUCACCGGCGAUGUCUCUGGCUGGCCACUCCCGCCGGAAUCCAUCCCGGAAGAGGGAGAAGGACAACUCAACGAUGCAGACGACGACAUCAACUUCCCGCCCGGAAGCAGUAUGCCCAUCCACUUCAUCCACUGGCGCUUUCCAAAGACAAGGAACUACGCCAUAUCACCCCCGGGACACUGGAACACCCUGGCACUCAAGUCCUCUGUUCUCAACCUCACGGGGUUUGACGCAGACUUUGCCCUAGGGCGCGGCCAGACCUUCAUCGGACGACGGAUGGCCCAUUCGCUCUUCCGAUACCGCGUUGAUGUAGAAUGGGCCAAGUCUCUGACCAAAGAGGAGAUGGAAGUCGGUGUCUCAAUUAUCCAGGACCAAGCCCAGCAUUUCGACCUGGGCAUCGUCAUGCUCAAGCCCGAUGGAGGUGAGGACCUUCGGCCGCAUCUUCGGUUCCGUGGUAUUUCGGAGACGCCAUAUCGUGCGACAGAGAACCCGCCAAGAGAAGUAUUCCCGCUCCCCGAGGGUUGGGCGGGAAAGAAGAUUUCUCUGCAGAUUGAGGCGGUUAACAGUACUCAUUUUGCAUUCUCAGCUGGUCUUGCUGGCCCUGCAGAGGAGACUGAGCUCAGGGUCUUUGGUCAUUGCAAGGGGACCGAGCUGGUCCCCUACUAUUCUGGUGUCGUGGUCGGCGUCUUCGCAACCUCCAAUGGAAAGCAUGGGGAACAAGCCUUCGAAACUUAUAUCUCUAACUGGCAAUACACAGGGAUCAGACAGCUGAGGAGUCAGCAGGAUGUUAAUGAUGCUGAUGGCGCGUAG